AUGUCGAACAAACAAGGAAAGAUGGCCGGUUACAUCAACUGGCGCAUGCGAGUCACUCUCAACGAUGGACGAGCAAUGACCGGUCAGAUGCUUGCUUUCGACAAGCAUAUGAACCUUGUUCUCGCCGAUACAGAAGAGUUCCGACGCGUUAAGCGCAAGCAGAACAAGCCCGCUGCCCCUGGCGCAAGUGGUUCAGCUUCCGCUACUAUCGAAUCCGAGGAAAAGCGAACUCUUGGCCUCACAAUCGUUCGAGGCGCUCAUAUCAUCUCCCUCUCCGUCGAGUCGCCUCCUCCUGCCGACCCCAGUGCCCGACUUGGAAAGAGUGCGCCUGGUGGAAUCUCUUCUGCUCUGGCUGCUGGCCCCGGCGUUGCCCGUCCUGCUGGCCGAGGAGCUGCCCCUCCUUCUCUAGCUGGCCCUGCUGCUGGCGUUGGUGGUGCUCCCCCUCCUGGAUUCCCCGGUUUCCCUGGCGGUGCUCCUGGCUUCCCUGGCCCUGGUGGUCGUGGUGCUCCUCCCCCAGGUUUCCCUGGAAACUUCCCUCCCCCAGCUGGCUUCCCCGGAGGCGCCCAGUUCCCUCCUCCCGGAUUUAACCCCGGUGGUCCCCCACCUCCUGGAUUCCAGCCUCCUCCCCGAAGAUAG